GUGCGAAAAGGGGGUGUGCCAAGGAUUUUAGGAAAGUUGGGGGUGGAGUCCCAAGUCGGAACUGAGAUCUCCUGUGACAAGUUUCAGGGAGAAUGCAAGAGGGUAGGUGCGGGUCGGAGUUCGGUUUUAUGCUUCAGAGAACGGGGCUACCGCCUUCGUUGGUCCCGUUGUUUGGGUCGGACUCGUAUCUUGUGUACCGUCGGGAUGUUGUGGCUGUCUCGCUGGCUGAUCACCUGUCAUCGUCUAGCGUCGCAGGUCUCGGAAUCCGACGUGGACGGCCUCGGCUGAAGGUUGUGCGCCCGCCGUUCUUCCUCCGAGCGGGUUCGUCGGAUGAAGCCGAAGGCUCGGUAAUCGUGGUCUUGCCGGCACUCCGGGCACGGGGGUUGGGGCUAGUAGGGAGCGAUUGCGCGCCAGGGGACGAUGACACGCGUACAGGAACGAGCACCUCCCCUUGUACAGCAGAGCAGGAUGCGAAGGCCACCGCCAUCCCGAAAGAGAGAAGAGAGAAGGAGGUCAAAAAGAAGGCCUUGGUAGAAGAACAGUCGGCGAAGUUGAAGAAGAUUGAGGAGGAGAUGGUCAGAGAAAAAGAGAGGAUAAAGAAAGAAGAAGGAGAGAAGCUCAAGGCGGUAGAAGAGGAGGAAGAGGUAGAAGAACAACCACUGGAAAGGCGAAGGACAGGAGGGAGAGGAGAAUCCAGUGGAACAAAGGAAGAUCAGAUGGAGAAGAAGAUUACGGAGUGGGUUGCUGGUUUAUCCCUGGGAGAAGAAGAGGAGGCACUAAUGGACUUUGCAAGGGAAUUAGCGAUGCAGGUGGGCUCAGAGGUGAAGGCCCGCCUAGAGGGCACGAAGUGUUAUUACACGGGCGUCAUAGAAGGCGCCAGACUGACUGCUCCCAAGGAGGAGGAAGCACGUCCUCGAAGGGAGCCUGUCAAGGUCAAGUUCCCUGACUCCUAUAGAGGGAAGAAAGAGGAGAAUUUUGACAAUUGGGAAGCCAAUGUCAAAACCUACGUACAUUAUGCAGAAGGUGUCCCCGGACGAACAUGUCCUUAUAGUCGUCCAUACCCUCCGAGACGAAGCAGCAAGCUUCGCUCGUUCCUUGUGCCGCGCCGCCAACUGUAAUGAUGAUUUAGUCGCUUAUUCUGCAUUCACUCCCAUCACUGACUUCUUUAAGUUAUUGCGCGAACGAUUUGCAGAUGUCUCACGCAAUGUCAAAG